UGUGAAGACAGAGAGAGAGGAGAAUCAUGUAUAAUAGAGCAGCAGCAAUGCACACAAACAAGUGAGUGUAAUGCAAAGAAAACGAUAGAUCUUCACGGUACAAAAAGCAUCAAAUUACCAAAUUUUACAGAGAGAAAAGGGAAAGAGCAUCAGUUUUAAACACAUGCCCAUGUCUGCAAAAUCAAAUAUUAAUCACCAAAUGGGCACAAACUCCGCCACCAUGACCCACAAAUAAAAAGCCCACAAUGGCUUAAUUGGUAGUAGAAGAUGAUCAUUGAUCAGUCUCUACCACUCUCAUUUCCAAUAAAUUCACAGCUCCUCUCGAAUCUCAAUCAUGUGCUCUUUAAGUAGUACAUCAUAAUACCCCACUAGAAUCCCACUCUUCUUCUGCAUCUCUUUCUAGCAUUUCAAACCAACUAUCACUCUCACAGGCAUUUUCACAAACACCUUGCCUGCAUCCCCAUCUCACCUCGCAUUAAAUGGACGAGAAUUGGAAUCUAUCAAAGAAGGAAGGUUCAGGAAGUAGUUACCAGUCUUCUACGAAUCCCAAGUCGUCGUUUACAAGGAGUGGUUCCACCACCAAAUCACCAUUACUGCGAUGUUCUUCACAGAGAACCUUCCCAGCUUCCACUUCCAAGACCCCCAACGAUCUACCUCGAAGUUACUCGCAGAAGAGCUCUUCUUCAGCAGGACGUAAGUACAGCAGCUUAGCUAAGGAACAGAAGGCCCGAUUCUACAUCAUGAGACGCUGCGUGGCGAUGCUCGUUUGUUGGCACAAACAUGGCGAUUCGUAAGAAAGGGUAUGAAAACACAAAAUGAAGAAAGAUCUGUUACCCUUUUUCAGUAGCUUCCGAAAUUUGAUUUCGUUCCCUUCUUCUUGCGAAUUGGAUCUUGAGAUCCCUUCAUAAAAUUGAUGUAAAUUUUUCUGCAACCCCAUCGAGAAGAAGGUGGGACUUCAUUUUUCUUCGAUUCAAUUAGAUCCAAUCUGUAAUUACAUUGAUGAGUUUGAUGAACUUAACGCAAUCCCACAUCGAUUAUAGCAGAUCGAUCCCCUCCUCCUCCUCCUGAACUUCUUAUGAGAUUUUUGUUUUCUUUU